UCUGUGGAAAGAAUCAUGAAAGCUCAAGCCCUCAGAGACAACUCAAUGAUGGGUUAUAUGGCAGCAAAGAAGCACCUAGAGAUAAACCCUGACCACUCCAUUAUUGAAACCCUCCGGCAAAAGGCAGAGGCCGACAAGAACGACAAAUCUGUGAAGGAUCUGGUCAUCUUGCUGUACGAAACUGCACUCCUGUCUUCUGGCUUCAGUCUGGAAGAUCCCCAGACACACGCUAACAGGAUCUACAGGAUGAUCAAGCUUGGUCUAGGUAUUGAUGAAGAUGAUCCUACUGUGGAUGAUACCAGUGCUGCUGUAACUGAAGAAAUGCCACCUCUGGAAGGAGAUGACGACACUUCACGCAUGGAAGAAGUAGACUAAGCUUCACCAGAACUCUGAUGCUUACUAUCAUUCCUUCUGAUAAUAUAUUUCCCAGGAUUUUUGUUUAUUUUUGUUAACAUUAAGAUAUCUGUGUGGCAUGAAAACUAAGGGGAAGAUAAAAUUUCUUUCUAUUUGUGUGA